CACGGCUUUGUGUCUCAUUUCCGUUUGCCUUCAUCCUUCCUCCUACGCAUGUGCACAGUUGACUUCCUGGCCGCUCAGUACGGCCCGUCGGCCGCCGUCCCCGGAAACGCUUUCUUCCCACGCAGCCGCAGGCCGCCGCUCUUCGGCCUCUCUAGGCCGGCAGAUUCUCCGCUCCAUGGUCCUGUCUGUCAGCUCAGUGUCAGGAAUCCACGGGUGAGGCCGGGCCGCGCUCUGACGCUUCAAACCCUCGAGCCGGUCGCGGGUGAGUGAACCCGGGAGGAGCCCGGCGGACGGAACCGACAGGGUUUCCCCUGACGCCGUAGCCCGGCGGCCGCGGGCUGAUGGCGUGGCUGCGCUGAGCAGCGCGAGUGGCUGCCGAGCCCCGCGGGCCGGCAUGGCGGGCCAGUUUCGCAGCUACGUGUGGGAUCCAUUGCUGAUCCUAUCGCAGAUUGUGCUCAUGCAGACGGUGUACUACGGCUCGCUGGGCCUGUGGCUGGCACUGGUGGACGCGCUGGUGCGCAGCAGCCCUUCGCUGGACCAGAUGUUCGACGCGGAGAUCCUGGGCUUUUCCACCCCUCCAGGCCGGCUCUCAAUGAUGUCCUUCGUCCUCAACGCCCUCACCUGUGCCCUGGGCUUGCUGUACUUCAUCCGGCGAGGGAAGCAGUGUCUGGAUUUCACUGUGACUGUCCAUUUCUUUCACCUCCUGGGCUGUUGGCUCUACAGCUCCCACUUCCCCUCGGCGCUGACCUGGUGGCUGGUCCAGGCUGUGUGCAUUGCACUCAUGGCCGUCAUCGGGGAAUACCUGUGCAUGCGGACGGAACUCAAGGAGAUCCCCCUCAGCUCAGCCCCUAAAUCCAAUGUCUAGAGUUGGGCCCUUUGGAUACUCUGCUGGCAUUUGGGCCCCCUGUCACCUUGGGCUGCUCAGACCUCCAGAUGGGGUCCAGCCCAAGUCUGAGAGGAACCCUGGAAAUGUGAAGUCUGUUGGUGGAGAGAUAGUGAGGUCCUGUCACAAAGGCAGGUAGCAGUCGUGAUCGCAGCUGCAAGAAUGGCCUCUGCCUGCUGGAGCUUUGAUAUCUGGAAGCCAGGACGGGGACCUCAUUGAGGGUGAAAACAGAUUUGGAACCAUGUCAACUCUUGAGCCAUCAUACCGUCACCAGCCUGUUAUUUUAAAAAAGGAAAAAAAAAAUCAAGGAUAUCUGAUUGGCGCAGACACUCUUCUGGUUGCCUGUCUUGCCCUUUGGGACAGCUGGUACCUUUGCCCCGUUGCCAAACCACAGUGGUUCUGUGUGGAGACACAUUAGACUUUUGGGUUCGUAGCUACAAAAGAGGUGUAGUUGCAAAGUACUAGGCUGCUGUCAGAGGACGGAGGAUGAGGCCUCAAGCACAAGAGCAAUGCACAGCCUGUGCCCUGUUAGACAUAUACAAAAGUGUGUUUGUGUGUCCGAGAACCUCCUCCAGUUCUCUGUAUGGACUCUACCCUGCUGCCAGCUCUCAACACAGGGGGCUGUAGGACCCAGAGAAGAAUCCCAGCACCCCUUCCCUGCAGCCUUAGCUUCAUAAUAAAAGCCACUGUCUGCUGUCUAGAAAUGACCGGGCCCCAGCCCCCACUGGACCUCAGUUGUGGCUAGAGUUUC